CAAAGGACUGGAACUCCGCGGCUGAUGGUCCCGUUCCCAUUCCCCCGUUCCCCCAGUCCACCAGCGGCCAUGACUCAUCUCUACAACACGGAGGAGCCGAGCGUCAUCAGCCAGGGCCUGCUCAAGAAGGCCGUACUCCAGCAAGGGCCCGAGGGAGAGGCCGGGAGGCUGGCACUGGAACAAGGCAUCGAUUUCAGCGUCGUCCGGAGCCUCCGCCUCGACUUUCAGAACAUCCUGCACAUCGAGAACCUGUGGCAGUUCUCUAGUCUGCGGAAACUGCAGCUGGACAACAACAUCAUUGAGAACAUAGAUGGACUGGAGACUCUGGUCCACCUGGAAUGGCUCGACCUGUCCUUCAACAACAUAUCGGAGGUGGGGGAAGGUCUGAAGGAGCUGACCAGCCUGCGGGACCUCAGUCUGGCCCACAACCAGCUGACCGACAUCUCCGGAUUCAACACUCUCACUCGCCUCCAGUCUCUCUCUCUUGCCAGCAACAGACUAGCCCACCUCAACCAGGUGAGUGGACUGAGACCUCUGUCAGCUCUUCAGUCCCUCACCCUCUCCGGGAACCCUCUGACCUCUGACCCCCACUACACCCACUACACCCUGGCCUUCCUCCCCUCCCUCGUUUACCUCGACUUCCACAUGAUCUUCCCCGAGGAGGUGGGUGGAGUCUGGUUCCCAGGUCAGAUUGGACUGAUGACAGGGUCCUCCCCUCCCUCCCAGCGAGAGGCAGUGGGUGAUAUGUUCUCAGAGGCCCUGGCGGAGGUUGAGAUGAGUGAGAGAGAAUUCAGUCGCAGGAGAGAAGAGGCUGAGGCUGAGAGACAACUGCAGGAGACAUACAAGGCGGCCUACAUGGACGGUCUCCAGGGAACUGCUCUGUUUGACUCCAUGUUUGAGGAAGAUGGAGAUGCAGAGAGGAUCUCUCUCAUGCCUGGUGUGCAAGACAUGCUCUCUCAGAUGAAGGAAGAGUUUCAGUUGUGUGUGGAGCACCUCACCAAGAUGGGGCUGGAGGAGAAGAAGAAGAGAGAUGAAGAGGUGGCUUCGUUCCAAAUGUUCACACCAGCAGGCGACUUCCUCCAGCCAGCAGAGAUCACUGGUACCAGGGGCCAGUUCUCAGCUGAUAUCAUCAUUGGAACACGACCUGAUGAGAGAGGAGAUGACGAUAGUGGAGCAGCUAGAUGUGAGGAGAAUGAGAGAGAGGGUAGGGUGGACUGGAGAAUGUGUGCGUUUCUACUGAUUCAGGAAAUAAUCAGAGAUUUCGAGAGGAACUAUAGUGACAUGGUCGGCAGUUUCUUCGAGACAGUUCAGUCACACAUGACUCAGCUGCGAGAACUGGAGAACACUCAUCAUGAGAAGGUCUCGGAGAUGGCUCUGCAGUACCUGGAGAAUGCCAUAAAAGGCAGUCUGGAGGAGGAGCCUCCAGAACAGCUCAGGAAGUUGCUGGCAGACAAGGACACGUUGGUGAGUGCCCUCAACACCUCCACGACACCUCACUCCUUGCAUCGACUCCAGAGAUGCGAUAGAUCGCACAGAGGCCAGGCCGACCUGUCUCGGCGGCUUUAGGAGUCAAUGGCUGAGCUGAGCUGACUCGCUAACGCAGCAAGGCACCGAGAUGACGGAGUUUAUGCCGGGCACAGAACAGAGGCAGGGACAGCCGUCCACCAUAACUUUCUCUCUCAGAAUACACUCCAUAUUCGGAUACAUCAUUAUUAUCAUUUUGCGCAAAGAAGGAGCUAACUAACUAUCACUAAGUGCAACAGAUUUGUGUCUUUCAUGUAUAUCUUGUCAUAUAAGCAGUGUAAUGAUGCUACUAACAACACCGGUAAGGAAAUCUUGGUGUACCGUCCACAGGGCUGUUAAAUGA